CUUUUCGCGGGCUUUGUAGGGUCACGUGUUUUUUUCCGCGCCUAAUCGUCCAGUUUCCAGUUAAGAGACUUUGGUAGCGGCAGCAUGGCGGAUUCAUCAGAGUCAUUUAGCAUUGCAACAAGCCCCAGGACUGGGUCAAGGCGGGGCGAUGCCUUGACUUCUAGCCCUGGCCGGGAUCUCCCCCCAUUUGAAGAUGAAUCAGAAGGCAUCUUGGGGGAUGAGGGACUCCCAGUGGAUGAAGAAGAGGACGGAGAAGAACUGAUUGGGGAUGGAAUGGAAAGGGAUUAUCGGGCUAUUCCAGAACUUGAUAUAUAUGAGGCCGAGGGUUUGGAUGAUGAUGAAGAUGCUGAAGACCUGACUGCAAGUCAGAGGGAUGCAGCUGAGCAGGCCAUGAGAAUGAGAGACAGAGAGAUGGGACAUGAACUGGGUCGCAUGCGUAGAGGGCUCCUCUAUGACAGUGAUGAUGAAGAGGAGGAUCGUCCUGCCAGAAAGCGUAGGAUGGCGGAGAGAGCUGCAGAAGGGGCUCCUGAAGAAGAUGAGGAGAUGAUAGAAAGUAUUGAGAACCUAGAGGAUAUGAAGGGCCACACAGUGAGAGAGUGGGUUUCUAUGGCGGCAACUCGUCUUGAGAUUUUCCAUCGUUUCAAGAAUUUCUUGAGAACUCAUGUGGAUGAGCAUGGACACAAUGUUUUCAAGGAGAAAAUAAGUGACAUGUGUAAAGAGAAUAAGGAAAGCCUGGUGGUAAAUUAUGAGGAUUUGGCAGCCCGUGAGCACGUCUUGGCCUAUUUUCUGCCAGAGGCCCCAGCAGAAAUGCUUAAGAUCUUUGAUGAGGCUGCCAAAGAAGUUGUUCUUGUGAUGUACCCAAAGUACGACCGCAUUGCCCGUGAAAUUCAUGUACGGAUAUCUCACCUUCCACUGGUGGAAGAAUUGAGGUCGUUGAGACAGCUUCACUUAAACCAGUUGAUCCGCACCAGUGGAGUGGUCACAUGCUGCACAGGGGUUCUGCCUCAGCUCAGUAUGGUAAAAUAUAACUGCAACAAGUGCAACUUUAUCUUGGGGCCCUUCUUCCAGUCCCAGAAUCAGGAAGUGAAACCAGGUUCCUGUCCUGAGUGCCAGUCGCUUGGUCCUUUUGAAAUCAAUAUGGAAGAGACUGUAUAUCAGAAUUAUCAGCGGAUCACUAUCCAAGAGAGCCCAGGGAAGGUGGCCGCAGGCAGACUUCCUCGAUCCAAAGAUGCAAUUCUCCUUGCAGAUCUAGUGGACAGCUGCAAACCUGGGGACGAAAUUGAGCUGACUGGCAUUUAUCACAACAACUAUGAUGGAUCUCUUAACACAGCCAGUGGGUUUCCAGUGUUUGCAACAGUGAUUCUAGCAAAUCACAUAACCAAGAAGGAUGACAAGGUGGCUGUGGGAGAGCUGACGGACGAGGAUGUCAAAGCCAUAGUCUCAUUAUCUAAAGAUGAGAGAAUUGGAGAACGGAUUUUUGCCAGUAUUUCUCCAUCUAUUUAUGGACACGAAGAUAUUAAGAGGGGUUUAGCACUUGCUCUGUUUGGAGGAGAAGCUAAGAACCCAGGGGGUAAACAUAAGGUUCGUGGUGAUCUAAACGUUCUGCUAUGUGGUGACCCUGGAACAGCAAAAUCACAGUUCCUGAAAUAUAUUGAAAAAGUGGCCAGCAGAGCUGUGUUCACCACUGGUCAGGGAGCCUCUGCUGUAGGUUUGACAGCCUAUGUCCAGCGCCAUCCAGUCACUAAAGAAUGGACACUAGAGGCUGGAGCUCUUGUGUUGGCAGACAGAGGAGUGUGUCUAAUAGACGAGUUUGACAAGAUGAAUGACCAGGACAGGACCAGUAUCCAUGAAGCGAUGGAACAGCAGAGUAUUUCCAUCUCCAAGGCUGGCAUUGUUACCUCCCUGCAGGCUCGGUGUACGGUUAUAGCGGCUUCAAAUCCUAUUGGGGGGCGUUAUGAUCCAUCUUUAACCUUUUCUGAGAAUGUGGAUCUCACUGAACCCAUUGUGUCUAGAUUUGAUAUUCUGUGUGUGGUUAGAGAUACUGUGGAUCCAGUUCAAGAUGAGAUGCUGGCAAGAUUUGUUGUUGGGAGUCACAUUAAACAUCACCCCAGUAACAAGGAUAUAGUUAAUGGAGAUGCAGAGGAGUUUGUAUUGCCCAACACUUUCGGGGUAGAACCGCUUCCCCAAGAGGUACUUAAAAAAUACAUCCUAUAUGCUAAGGAAAAGGUGCGGCCUAAGCUGAACCAAAUGGACCAGGAUAAAGUGGCCAAGAUGUACAGCGACCUCCGUAAGGAGUCAAUGGCUACAGGCAGCAUACCUAUCACUGUGCGACACAUCGAGUCAAUGAUCCGCAUGGCAGAGGCUCAUGCACGGAUGCAUCUGCGGGAUUAUGUGGUGGAGGAUGAUGUGAACAUGGCCAUCAGAGUAAUGCUUGAAAGCUUCAUAGACACUCAAAAAUUCAGUGUCAUGAGGAGCAUGCGGAAGACCUUUGCUCGUUACCUGGCAUUCAGAAGAGACAACAAUGAGCUGCUGCUCUUUGUCCUGAAGCAGCUUGUGGCAGAACAAGUUACGUACCAGAGGAAUCGUUAUGGGGCACAGCAGGACUUCAUAGAGGUUCCAGAGAAGGACCUUGUAGAUAAGGCUCGCCAGAUAAACAUUCACAACCUUUCAUCAUUUUAUGACAGUGAGUUGUUCAAGAUGAACAGAUUUACACACGAUGUAAAGAAAAAGCUGAUCAUUCAGCAAUUUUAAGCUUGAAUCUUUUUCUGGAAAGCAGAGUUAAGGAUGAGGAUUUCAGCUCUUCCCUGCUUUUAUAGACUGGAUCUAUUUCCUGGCAUGCUGACUGGGCUGUGCUGUGGCAGUGAGCGUACAGUUGUUUACUGAUGUUUUGGGAGUCCCUCUACAUCUCUGUUGGAAUAUAAGACAUCUAAGCAUGCUCUGCAGUGUACAAUAAUCCUUUAUUAGAAGAAAGAAGAAAAUGCAACAUCCUAAAAAAAAAUUAAAAAAAAAAAAAAAACACCCUGCAAACUGCUUUUACCACUCUUUGUAGCUCUUGGAGUUUGUGGACAUAUGGAACUUACAAAAGACUGUUACUACAGUACAACUUUUGGCUUUAUUAGUAAAAGACCAUUCUUUGUGAUAUAAAGAUUUUCAGUUAUCUAUCAUGUAGCAUUUAUUGCUCUGGCACCUACUUUUGUAUAUUAAAGCAAAAUAUGAUUAAA